UGUUUUCCUCUGCAGUAGUUGAAGCAACCAUGGCAACAAUUCCCGCUGCUGCUUUUGAGGCUCUCAUGGAUGGAGUGACAAACUGGGAUGUCCCCAAAGGCCCCAUUCCCAGUGAACUCCUUCUUAUUGGUGAGGCCGCCUUCCCAGUGAUGGUGAAUGACAAGGGCCAGGUUCUCAUUGCUGCCUCCUUCUACGGCCAAGGCCGCCUGGUGGUGGUGUCCCAUGAGGGCUACCUGUUGCAUGCUGGCUUGGCUCCAUUUCUUCUCAAUGCAAUGAGCUGGCUCUGUCCCUCGCCUGUGGCUCCUAUUGGAGUGCACCCAUGCCUGGCGUCACUAGUGAACAUCCUGCAGGACUCUGGGCUUGAGGCACAGAUUGUGUCAGAACCCAGAGAGCCUCUGGGAGUUUACUGCAUCAACGCCUAUGAUGACACCAUGACGGCAAAGCUGAUCCAGUUUGUGAAGCGUGGAGGGGGCUUGCUCAUUGGGGGCCAGGCUUGGUAUUGGGCCAGCAAGCACGGUGGUGACAAGGUGCUGUCCAAGUUCCCUGGGAACCAGGUGACAAGUGUGGCCGGAGUGUACUUCACCGACAUCUGUGGGGACAGAGGCCGGUUCAAGGUCUCUAAGAAGGUGCCCAAGAUCCCACUCCAUGUCAGGUGUGGGGAAGAUCUCAGGCAGGACCAGCAGCAGCUCCUAGAAGGGAUCUCAGAACUGGACAUCAAGACAGGAGGCGUCCCCUCUCAGCUGCUAGUGCAUGGGGCCCUGGCCAUCCCCCUGGGGCUCGAUGCCUCACUUGGCUGUUUCCUGGCAGCAGCCAGCUAUGGCCAUGGCCGGGUGGUUCUGGCUGCCCAUGAGGGUCUUCUCUGUGCUCCCAAGAUGGGGCCCUUCUUGCUCAAUGCUGUGCGCUGGCUGGCCAGAGGACAGACAGGCAAAAUUGGGGUGAACACAAGUCUAAAAAAUCUGUGUCCCCUACUGUCAAAGGGUGGCCUAGAAUGCAGUCUGGUGUCCCAUCUAACCAGUGACUCGUGUGUCUACUGCUGUGUGGCUUACAGUGACAAGGAGGCUAAGCAGCUACAUGAGUUUGUGGCCGAGGGUGGAGGAUUGCUGAUUGGGGGCCAGGCCUGGUGGUGGGCCUCGCAAAAUCCAGGUCGCUCCACCUUGGCAGAUUUCCCUGGUAACGUCAUCCUCAACUGCUUUGGCCUCAGCAUCCUGCCUCAGACUCUCAACCCAGGCUGCUUCCCUGUUCCCUCCCCUGAGAUGAGGAGCUACCACUUCCGCAAGGCACUGUCUGAAUUCCAGGCCAUAUUGAACCACAGGGGUGGGAACUUGGAAAAGAGCUGUCUGGCAAAGUUGAAAAUAGAUGGUGCAGCCUUCCUACAAAUUCCUGCAGAGGGGGUUCCUGCUUACAUAUCCUUGCACCGGCUUCUGAGGAAGAUGCUGCGACAGUCAGGACUGCCAGCUGUGAGCCGGGAAAAUCCAGUUGACAGAGACUCUUGUGAGGCUGCUGUGCUCUGCCUGGCCACUCAGCUGGCACACUCUGGCACUGACUGCUCCCAGUUGGCUCAGGGGCUUGGCACCUGGACCUGCCCUUCCAGUUUGUACCCCUCGGAACACCCCAUCACUGUGGAGAUUGAUGGAGCCAACCCAGGAAAUGAUGAUUCCUGGGUGAGUACGGGGCUCUACCUCCUGGAAGGAAAAAAUGCAGAAGUCAUGCUGUCUGAAGCUGCUGCCUUGGCUGGCCUGAAGGUACAGAUUGGCUGCCACACCGAUGACCUGACCGAGGCCAGCAAGCUUUCUCGAGCUCCCGUGGUAACUCACCAGUGCUGUAUGGACAGGACCACACGUUCAGUCUCUUGCCUCUGGGGUGGCCUCCUCUAUGUCGUCAUUCCCAAAGGCAGUCAACUUGGCCCAGUGUCUGUCACCAUCAAGGGAGCUGUACCUGCCCCAUACUACAAGCUGGGUAAGACAUCCCUGGAGGAGUGGAAGAGGUGUAUACAGGAGAACCUGGCUCCCUGGGGAGAACUGGCCACAGACAACAUCAUCCUGACGGUACCCACCACAAACCUCCAGGCCCUGGAGGACCCUGAGCCUGUGCUCCAUCUCUGGGACAAGAUGAUGCAGGCUGUGGCCAGGCUGGGGGCUGAGCCAUUCCCUUUCCGCCGUCCGGAGAGGAUCGUUGCUGAUGUGCAGAUCUCAGCUGGCUGGAUGCACUCAGGAUACCCCAUCAUGUGCCACCUGGAGUCGGUGCAGGAGCUCAUCAGUGAGGCAGGCAUGCGAAGCAAAGGUCUGUGGGGACCCAUCCAUGAGCUGGGUCACAACCAGCAGCGACAUGGGUGGGAGUUCCCCCCGCACACCACAGAAGCCACCUGCAACCUCUGGUCAGUCUACGUGCAUGAGACUGUACUGGGAAUCCCCAGGGCUCAGGCCCACCCUGCUCUGAGCCCUCCAAAACGAGAGAAGAGAAUCAAAGAUCACCUGGGAAAGGGUGCUCCCCUGUGUAACUGGAAUGUGUGGACGGCUCUGGAAACAUAUCUACAGGUACUGAGCAGAAAUUCCAGGAGACAGGGGCCACCAGACCCUCAGGAAUGCAGCCUCUGGGAUCCCAGGAACUCUCUAGGCCCUUCACCAUCACCCCCAACCUGGGCCAGCACCUCCCCUGUACAUAGGAGAGACUGGGUUGCAUGGUAGUGCUUCUUAGGUUAUGCUUCUAUAAGGUAGAAAGAAUGACACCUGUCCCACUUGCUUCCUAUGAUUUUGUGAUGUAAGAGAAAAUGAAAAGUACUAUGAAAAAAAUAAGUAGACAUAUAGAGUAUUGGUAAAGGGUAGAAACUUGUUAGACAUUUUCAAGAUUGGCUCAUAUCUCUUCCACUCACUGAUUUUGUCCUUGGUCCCCUAAUAAGUGUUCCAUAAAUGCUCACUGUUCUGUUUA